CAGUCGCAGUUGAACCUUCGGUUGGGUUACAUCACCACUGAGAGCCAAUAGGAGGGACUCCAGUUUCCUCUAGAAUACCCCCUUUUCUCACAGUGUAUUUAUAUAACACUUGGUGCAAAGUCUUAAAAGGUUUUUCGGUGAAUAAAUUUGCCUAUCUAUCUUGUGCUGAUGUUUUUCAGCAAAGUGAGGACCCUCUAGUUAGCAGUACUGUGUGAAAUUUGUGUUAGCCCAAAGUGCGGAAACUCCUUUCCCAUUUGCGGCAACAUAUUAAAUUUGUGCAGUGUCCGGAAGAAAUUGGUGGAACAUCAAAUUGAGGUCAAAUUGAACGAAUCAACCGACCGGCUUCUCAUCGAACUUUAUAUAUUAAUUUCAACUCCAUUUCCAAUUGAACAGCACUAAUGGAGGGAAAAUUGGACGGGACUUUUUCAUUUAUGCUCCUCCUGCAACUUUUGCUGGGUGUCGUGUGUGUGGCAUCGACCUAUGGGAAUGGGAACACUACAGCACCACUUAUAUCACAAACAUCAACCGAAUCCGUGUCGACAACUGUUCUGCACCAUCACACGACAUCCCACUAUGACACCCAUCCACCGGCUGUGAUAGGUGUCGGGGGAAUUCCGGUGUCCUCCCUCACGAGUGUCUCGCCUGGUACGACGGCGGAUGGCCAGAGCUCCUCUAUAGCAUCUGCUGGUACUACUUCCACAGCAUCUUCCUCCACGACAAUCCAGGAGUUUGGGGAAGCACAACUUCCAGAGCAGCCAACACUACCCGAUGAUCAUCAGAUAAUGGGCUCAAGUGGGCCCAAUCAGCAGGAAGCAGCUGGUAUUGCCAAAGCUCUGGACUGGCUCAAGGAGAAACGAGAACAUGACUAUAGCUGGGGCAAUGACACACAUAUGGUCAUCCUAGCUAAAGAACUGUCCGGUGGACGAGAUCCUACAGACUCUGACAACCAUGUUCAGAUGAUAGCAGAUCUAGAAGAACUACUUUCGGUCAAGCAGAUGGAAAUUGAGAUCUUAACGAUGCUCAAUCAUCACAACUCCUUGCCAAUGCCAGUUAAUGCUGACAAAUUGGCCAGAUAUGUCUUAGCACUGGGUUCUUUAUGUAAGGAUCCCAAAAGAUUCCAUACACAUGACCUUGUUGCUACUUUGCUUCGCCACGAACCGGCUCAGGAUCAGGAAUUUGCACUGGUUACACUGGCGGCGUGUAGUUCAGCAGCUCAUGUAAGGAAGAGGCAGAUAAGGAGACUUCUGGACAUUGCGAGCGGUGGAACAGAUCAAAGUGUCGACACUGUGGCCAUGGUACUUUUGGCUCUGCGAUGCAUUGUCACAGACCAUCGUCACCGACAUUUGCAGCAUUUUGUACGGCGACCAGCUCGAGGACUGGCGAGCCUUCAAGGACCACGCGGUAGUUUUGGAUCCCUGAGAAGUACAGCUUUGGCCAUGCAGGCUCUGCAGGACCUUGAACCCGAUCCAGCCGGUAAAUGGAGUCGUUCAGCUGCAUCAAAGUGGAUUUUGGAGCGACAGAGAUCAGACGGUGGAUGGACUGAGGAACCCCUCCAAGACGGACAGGACCCCAAUGUAGGCAUUGGACUGACGGCAGACAUCAUCCUGGCGUUGGGUUGGAAGGGACUGGGUGCUGUUAGGAUACUCCAAUGUGACCACGUAGUUAGGGAAAUGAACGGGAAUGGUGAGAAUGGGGAGAAUGGUGAAUCUAAACUGGCGAGUCCACUAGGAAUUCCAGGGACGUCCAUUGAAGAAUCUGAAGUCAAGAAUGUGUCUUAUACUUACACCCUAUGGGUGGGAUCCAAUGUAACGGACACAUUCUCCCUAUCCCUCGUAUCACCCAAAAACACCAGCUUCUUCCGGGCCAUGACUCAGGCGGCUGAAUUAGAUUCCAGAUUCGCCUUUGAAGCUCGAGAGUGGCCAAAUGGACAUUAUGUGCACACUCUGGCGGGGAUGAAGGAAGAACCAAGGGGAUACAACUACUGGCUACUUUAUCGUCUUCCUGAACUUCCCGAUCCCGCCAAUCCACCUGGGAAUCAACUCAUUGCGCCAGUCGGUGUUGACGAGUUAAUCGUUGAGGAGGGUGAACAUUACCUCUAUUGGUAUAAAAAAUUAUAAAUUGAUUCCACCCAUGAAAAGCUAUUGAGUAUAUGGUUCUAUUCAUCUCUUAUUUCGCUCCUCGGCAGUAAUUUUAUCACUUGAGUUUGUUCUUGAUUCAUCGACCCACCAGAGAUAAAAAAAAAUAAGUGAAGAAGAAUAAUGAAACAAAUAAAACCACAAAGAUUAACAAGAAAAGAAUAAAUUUACAUUUAAUCAUUGUAUUGAUAACCAACAAGAGAAAAAGUAUAUUCGUACAAAACAGAAGAAAAAAUGAAUUGGAAAAAAAGUAUUUUUGUAAUUACAUUUUCCGAUUUCGGAAUGAACGACGGUGUAUGCUCGGAAAUAAAUCAAUAGGACAGAGAUGGAUAUUAAAACAAAAAGUUUGUAAAAUGCAUGUGAAUUAAAAUAUCCGUUAAUUAUUAAGGGCAUUUUACCAACCUAACCAAUAUGCAUUUUAAACUAUUGCUUUUGGUGGUUUUUCCGUUCUCAAAAAAAAUAUCUCUUCAUCGUUUUGCACACAUUUUACAACACGAAAAGAUAAAUAAAAUUUUAAGAAAAGAGCGAAGGUAAAUGGAAAUUAUAUAAUAAAAUUAAAGAAACAAAAAAAAUCUCGAGGAAUAAAACAAGAAAGUUGUAUCUUUAAUUAAUUUUAACGAGUGAUUGAGGGGAUGAUUUUGCAGAUUAAACCUAGACUUUAUGGCGUUAGAUAAAAAUGGGUUAAAAGGGUGGUGUUUUUAGACAUGAAAAUGAGUGCGUUUUUUUCGCGGUUUAGAGACAAUUUAUUAAGGGUACAACUGAAAUAUGAAUAUAAAAUAAAAAAAGUAUGUGAUGAAAGUAAUAUAAACAAUAAAUUACUUAAAAUAUUAAAGGAAAGACAACAUAAAUGCGUGAAUGAUAAUAAUAGGUAAUUAAUGACUUUAAUAUUAUUGAUUACUAAGCAUAAACUAGUAGAGAAAAAUGGAAAGAUAGCUAUUAAAUUCUCGAGAAUGGGUGAGAAAAUAUUCUCAAAGAGCAGAAAAAAAUAUAAAAUUGCAUACCAAGUCGUGAGAAACCACCCGCAUCUCGAUAGUAUUGUAAUAUCAGAUUCUUGUAUGUGACAUUAUUGGAAAAAAAUGAAUAUUUGAAAUAUUACUCAAUACACAUAUUAAUGGCUUUUCCAAGUAAAUUAAAUAUACAUAAAAUAUGGAUAAAAAAAAUGAAAGAAAUAAAAUUACACCAAGUUGAUCAUGACAUUCUCCAAACAAAAUUAUUCACAAUGAGUGAAAGCAAUAUUACUCAUACCUACCUUAUCAAGAGUAUUUGAAUAAAAAAUGAAUAAAAACCAUUUCAACGCUAUCAAAA